AUGCGCCUCCUCAAGUCCCUACUCGUGGCUGCAUCCGCCAUAGCCGGCUGUAAUGCCCUCCCAGGCAGGGCUCUUCACAAGAGAGAUAUCACCACCCAACAACUCGACACCUUCACCUUCUGGGUCCAAUACGCCGCAGCCUCCUACUGCGAACCCAACUAUGCCGGCAAGGCAGGCCACAAAAUAACCUGCUCGGCACAGAACUGCCCCGCAGUUGAAGCCUCCAACGCAACCAUAAUCACUGACUUCUCUAAUACCACCCCCACCGACACAUCUGGCUACCUAGCCGUCGACCACACGCACCGCGCCAUCGUCCUCGCCUUCCGGGGCAGCUACUCAAUCCGCAGCUGGCUAGCGGACUUCACCUUCAUUUACACGGACCCCAACCUCUGCAGUGGGUGCGAAGCCGAGCUCGGCUUCUGGAGUUCAUGGACAAACGUCCGCAAGACCCUGACCCCCACGCUCAACAACACGGUAUCCCAAUACCCCGACUACGAACUCGUCAUCGUGGGCCACUCCUUGGGAGCCGCCAUCGCGACCCUCGCAGCAGCAGAUAUUCGCGAGACCGACGGGCUUAACGCAACGCUGUACGCAUACGCAUCGCCGCGCGUAGCGAACCCGAAGCUAGCGGAGUUCAUUACGAAUCAGAAUAAGGGGGCGAAUUACCGGUUCGCGCAUACGGAUGACCCGGUGCCAAGGGUGCCGUUGGAGGUCAUGGGGUACAAGCAUAUUAGUCCUGAGUAUUGGAUUAGCUCGGGAAAUAAUCAGAGUGUGAGUACGCAGGAUGUGGUGGUGUUUCAGGAUGGUGAUGAUAAGAGGGGGGAUGUUGGGUUCCCGAAUUUGUUGCAUUUCGAGGCCCAUCUUUGGUAUUUUGAGAAGUGGGAGGUUGAUGCGUGUAAGGGGGAGGGGUUGCCUUGGAAAUGA